UCUUUUCACCCGCAAUCAGUAAAUUAUUCAUUGACCAGAUAAGAUUAUUAAUGGGGACUAAAAGAGUGAAUGUUAUUAGUAUUGUUCAAAUAUUGCGCGAGACUGCAGUGAAUGGUGUUGCCCCUCAUUUCGUUACUCAUUAAAUUAUAUCUCUUAUUUUAGUAACUUAGAGAUGUUUCAUCUUUAGCUCGGAUUUUAAACAGUGAUAAUGGGUAACACGAAAUCGAAGAAGAUGCAGAAGGAGCCGGGCAGGUUCUUCGAACGGGAAAAGUGGAAGGAGCAGAAGAGGGAGGAGAAGAAAAAGAAGAAUGUGAAUCCCGCUAACAAAAGAGUGGGGAUGAAGGAGGCGCCGAUAAGUCCGGCCGUGGCACUGACGCCACCGGUGAUGGGCCCCGGGCCGAUACCUGCGCCGGCGCACGUCCGCUCCUACGACGACGAGGCUCUGGACAGGAUGCGGUAUCAGCUCAACAACGAUGCUGAUGCGUUCCUCCUGAACAAUAUUCUGUUGUCGGUACAGUUCUUCGAAAAUUAUGAACGGGAAAUCCAGUAUCUAAGGAACAAUCCAGUAAGCGAGAAACAACACUUCAUGGACGAAGCUAUGGUCAACCACCACAAGCACGUAUUCUGUGCCGAUAGAAUACACGAAUGUGUCCAAGAGCACGUGCUGUAUCAAAAACAGAAGGACCAAGUGGAACCCAUAUUAUCACCAAGGUUGUUUAUAAUUUACGACAAUGUCGAAGCCAGCGAACCGGGGGACACGUCUGACUACAGCGCCGUUCUAGAUGCUCCUUUCUAUAAGCUGAGAAUUGAGGAUUGCAAAGAACCAGGGUACGUUAAAUUAAAACAGUUAGAAGUUCUGGAAAGUACAUUACUGAAAGAGGAGACUCCAAUUAUACGCGACAACUCAGAAGAUAGUUUGUACACGGAUUCCGAAAAAGAGUCUAAUGCCUCAGAUGAUGCAACUUAUCAGGAAGAAAUUGGUAAAGCAAAUAAAAAAUCAAACGGGAAAACAAUUUUACUAGAAAACUCAGUUAAUAUUGAAAGAGAGAAAGAUAUCCAACUUAGUAUGAGCAAUUUAAAAACUGAAAAUAAACGUAUUUCAAUUUCAUUUCAAACUCAAAACGGCAAAGCAAAAUUGAGUAAUGAUGAAGUCAAUGGUAAAAUAGAUGAAAAAGACGCUAGUGAUGACUAUGAAUCAAGACCAAGAAAAUCGAUACUAAAAAAUGCAAGGCGUUUUAGUGGUCCUGUAAAGGACAUGAGCGUAAAAGCCAAUCCCAAUUCUCCACGGCAUGUCUCCUUGGAAAAUUUAGCUGGUGAAGACACAGAAACCUCUGGGUACAGAUCUAAUGCGAGUAGUCGAAGAACAGAAUCGAGUGAGACUGAAUCAGAUUAUGGAUAUUCCACAAUAACUGAAGCGACCACACCGAAAAAAGUAGCACUUAGCCUACAGCCCAAUUUGGCAGCAUCUAGUGUUUUACCAGAGGAAUGCUGGGAGAGUAUUAAUGUGAAAACCAUUGAUUGGAGCGAUGAAGAUGAGGAAAAUGACACUGCUUCUAAGCUGUCCAUUAAUCGCAAUCUCUUUGAAACCCAGCACUACCUCAGCUCAUCAAUGUUUAUGAGUAGUUUUGUGGACAAUUUUAUUUUGAGUUUGGGAUCUGGCUUAGGUUUAUCACAGGAAACUAUCAGAAAUGCCAUGACGCAGGGAGCUAGUGUAUAUUGUGAUUUCAUUAGAAAUGGAUCUAAAGUGUGCAAUGAAGUCUUCCCAGCCCUAUUAGCUGCCUGGCCUAACGCAGCAAACCAGUGGAUCAUAAGAGAGAGAAGAAUAAUACAAAAUCCAAGAACUAAUUUUAGUUAUCAAUGGCCUACCAAAUAUAUGGUCAGCAAGACUACUGGUUUCGGAUGUCUUCUAGUUCCCAUUGGCUAUAGACCGAAACGUGGAAUAAAUCCAGAUCAAAGUCUUCAAUGGAAAAUAAUAUUUCCAGCUGCUGAACGAUAUUUAGAGAGUUGUUUAGCACAUUCCCACAUGCGUUGCUAUUUAUUUUCUUUGGUUUUACACAAAACUUUUAUGGAAAACGAGACAUCUAAAAUCGGUAUUGAUGCUACUCAUAUCAAAAAUCAUUUGCUCUGGCAAUGUGAAGAUAAUUAUGCAAGAUGGCCAGAGGAUCGCUUAGGAGAAGCCUUAAGAUUAUUUUUAAGGAACUUUUACGUACACUUUGGUCAAUCUAGAUUUCCCAAUUAUUUUAUAGAAAAUUGCAAUGAAUUCAAUUGUAUUCCUAAGCCAGUGUUAUUAAGGCUUCAAAGAAAACUAGCUGAUAUUUUAGAAGCACCGGUAAUGCACAUGCUUCAUGCUAUUAACAAGCUUAAGUAUACAAGGAAAGACUUUUACCCUACUUUCAACACUUGGAAACUUUAUCAAAUUCUAACUUGUCGAAAUCCUUUUCGUCUAUUAAAUCCAAACAUACCUGUGACGGUGCCAAAUUAUAACAACGAGAGCUCUGAUAGUGAUGACAAUAAUAUACAUAAUAUUUGGGAUAAGGCAAAAGCUCAAGACAAACACUAUCAAUGGAAAAAGGAGAGACAACGCCAAAUUAAAGAAAGGAGGAAAGCUAGUUCAUCGACAAAAAAACAGAGGAUCUCUGUGAAAGGAGAUAUAGAAAUAAAUAAAAAUAUAAUUCUACCUACAAAAAUGGAAGCAGAACGUAGGCGUUUGGUACUAGAAUUUUUCAUACUCCAUUUCAUUGCCAUGGCUCGUUCCAGUGAAAAAUUUGAAGCUCUACGCCAGGCAGUCAUUUACUUAGAACAAGCCCAAAGACUUUGUGUUUUAUUAAAAGAAGAACCUGCUGGGGAUAUGACUGCUCGUGAUUAUAUAGAUAUUAUUCGGGAUAAGCUCGCUGAUUGUCAACGUAAAUUAGUAAACGAAGGUGGCUAUAAAUUACAAAACAGGGAGAAGAAGUACACUGAUGUAAACAUACAAACAAAAGCUAUGCGCAAACACCGUCCAAGAUAUGAGCACAUAAUAAAUCAGGAUUCUCCUACAGAUACUAGUGGCAUAGGUCCUUUCACAUUUGCUGAUGUACAUAACGAUCAGGCAGGAUCAUAUGAUUUUAAAAAACUUUUAGAGGAGUCAAAGUUAUAAGAACUAGUAGUACAUAGUAUUUUGAUUACUU